ACAAAUGUUGCUAUGAUUGCAAAUCCUACUACCAAACCACAUGAAUUGGGUUGCUUAGAUGAAAAGGAGAGUUGGGAGUUGUUUCUUCGCAAGGUCUUCCCAAAUCAAAAUAUUGAAACAUGUUGUCCAACAUAUUUGGUUGAUUAUGCUCAUCAACUUGUUCAAAGGUGUGGAGGUCUACCACUAGCACUAGUAGUUCUUGGAGGACUUGUCUCAAAGAAACCACAAACCCAAGAUGCAUGGCGGAAAGUUGUUGAGAGCAUGAAAGGGCAAUUUGUGGAAGGUGGAGAAAAGUGUUUAGAAAUAAUUGCAUUGAGUUACAAUGAUUUGCCAUAUUACUUGAAAUCAUGUUUUCUUUAUUUUGGUUGCUUCAAAGAGGACAUGACUAUUUAUGCAAAAACAUUAAUUAGAUUGUGGUCAGCAGAAUGUUUCUUACCAGUGAAAAAUGGUAAAACCACAGAAGAAGUUGGAUUGGAUUGUCUAGAGGAUUUGGCACAAAGAUGCAGGGUCCAAAUUACUAACCGGGAAUAUGAUGGCAGUGCAAACAAAUUACAAAUCCAUGAUGUCUUGUGUGAUGUGUGCAUUAGUGAAGCCAAAGAGAAUAGAUAUUUUGAAAUCUACAAGAAUAAUGACACUGUAGAUUAUGUGACAAUGUCAAAUACACCCGACGACUAGUCGUAUGUAAUGAGAUUGACAUUUUAAACUAUUCUAACUCAAUGUUGCAGGGUCUAUUUUGCCUUGGAUAUAUUAAUCAUCCUUCGGAUUUCAGAGCUGUGAAAGGACAGCUUGCCAGGUUUAAAUUAUUAAGAGUGCUUUGUGUGGAUGAUAUCUCAGGCUUUCCUAGUGAAAUCAAAUCAUUAAUUCAUUUAAGAUAUCUUCAAUUGUUUGCUUGGAGUAUUCCAUCAUGGAUUAGUCAUCUCCGCGAUCUCCAGACUUUUGUUCUUUUUAAUUUUCAUAGUUUAAAAAAAAUACCAGAUUCACUCUGGACAAUUGGCAAUCUCAGGCAUGUUUAUCUACAAUGUACAUCAACGGCUCCUCCUCCAAAUAUGGGCAAUAAUGUACCAAAGAAUUUGCAGACUUUAGAAGGGGUAAAUGCUGGAUCAUGGAUAGGGAAUGCACUUCCAAGGCUCACAAACCUAUGCGAAUUGAGCAUUAAUGAAGUCUCUAAUGAUCAUGCCGAUGCCCUAUCUUCAUCACUCCAAAAAUUGGGUCGUCUUGCCUCCUUUUCUAUAAAGAAUGAUUCUGAUGAUGGAAAUGAAAUUCCUUUGGACAAUAUCAUUACUGCUUUUUCCAAUCAACAAUGCCUCAAGAAAUUGCAUCUCGAAGUAAGUUUAAACAGCAAACAGCUUCCACACAAUGAUGUAUUUCCUCAACAACUUUUGAAACUAACGUUGUAUAAUUCUAAAUUGGAGCAAGACCCAAUGGCAACACUAGAGAAGCUGCCACGUCUCAAAUAUCUACUACUCUAUAAUGCAUAUACAGGCAAACAGAUGAUAUGUUCGGCAACAGGUUUCCCUCAACUGUUAUCCUUGAGAAUUUCGUGUCUUGAUGAUCUUGAGGAGUGGAAGAUUGAGGAGAAGGCAAUGUCAUGCCUCAAGUCUUUGGAUAUCAACACAUGUGGAAGAUUGAAGAUGAUUCCAGAAGGACUGAAGAAUGUGCCACUUGAUCAAUUGAAGUUAUUAAGUAUGCCUGAAGAAUUCAUGACUAGGAUUAAGGAGAAUACAGGAGAAGACUAGUAUAAGAUACAACAUGUGCCCAACAUCUCCAUUUAUUAAUAAUAUUAACUUAUGCAGCGGCACAAUGGAUAAAUAUUCAAUUGUUAGGCUAAUGUUAGCUACCUUCAAAGGAGCGGCGUGAGUGAGGAGUGCUUUUGGACUUCAAAGGAGCUCCAUAUUAAGUCAGCGAGUAAGGAAGCAGGCAUGAAGUUUCUUUUAU